GCCCCCUCUGAGUGGUUGUAAACACAGCUCCGUCCGGCUCUCAUGGUCCCCUCUCUGCUCCUCUGACUCCUCCACGAUGGGAGAAAACGACGAAGGAGACAUCAUCGAGCACCACGCGGAGGAGGAGAUGGAGAAGAGGGGCGCAAGGAGCCACGCCGAGAGCGUGACUCCGUCCGACCGGGAGGGCCACAGCGGGACUCAGUCCUCCCACCGCCUGCUGGCCUACAGCGACGCCCUCAUCUCCAUCAUCGCUACUGUCAUGAUCUUACCUGUUGCUCACACGAAGGUGGAAGAUAACGAGGAGUUGCGGCAGAGCGUGCAGCUCCUGUUGACCACAAAGAUUGCCGUUUAUUUGAUGACGUUCAUGAUAGUGACGGUAGCGUGGGCGGCUCAUAUCAGAUUGUUUCAAGUGAUUGUUCGUAUCGAUGACUGCCUCGCGCUGCUGAACCUCGCGUGCAUGAUGCUGAUCACCUUCCUGCCGUACACGUUUUCUUUGAUGGCGACUUUCCCGGACAACGUUCUCGGGAUUUUACUCUUCUGUGGCUGCGUGAUGGUGAUGGGCGUCAUUCAGUGUCUGAUCGUGUUGUACGCCUUCAGCCGUCCCUUCCUGCUGAACGAGCAGAUCCAGAUCUCCGAGAACCAAACCUUCUACAAAGAGCACAUCCUCAAAGUCAUCAUGAGGGUUCCUCUCAUGUGCUUCAUCGCCAGCAUCUUCUCCUUCAUCUUCUUCCAGCUGUCGUAUGUUCUGUUGGCGAUCGUCAUCUUCCUGCCGUACAUCUCGCGGUCUCUGAAGUGGUGUCGGAACAAAGCCAUCGGUCAGGUGGAGGAGACUCCGGACUCCAUGAUGUUUUACACCUACCUGCCCAACGAGCCGCUCAGCAAGGAGCGCGUGGAGGCGUUCAGCGACGGAGUUUACGCCAUCGUAGCGACGCUGCUCAUCCUGGACAUCUGCGAGGACAACGUUCCCGACCCGUCCGUGGUGCAGAAGCAGUUUGGCGGCUCUCUGGUGGCGGCCCUCCAGGUUUACGGUCCAGAGUUUCUCGCCUACUUCGGCUCCUUCGCCACCGUCGGCCUCCUCUGGUUCGUGCACCACUCGCUCUUCCUCCACGUUACCAAGACGACGCGCUUCAUGGGCCUGCUGAACACCUUCUCGCUGGCGUUCGUCGGAGGCUUGCCUCUGGCCUACCAGCUGACGCACGAGUUCCCGAACAACUCCCGGAACGAGCUGGAAGCCAUCCAGAUCAGCUGUGUCAUCAUUUUCUUUGCAGGGAUUUUCCAGCUGGCGAUCUGGGUGGUGGCGCUCUAUAACGAACAGGAAACGCUGCACCCGUACGUACGCUACGGAGGACGCGAGCACGUCUUCAUGCUCGCUAAGCUAGGUCUGUACCCGUGUGUAGCCUUAGGGACGUUCUUCCUCACCUGUUUCCUGAGUAAAUUUAGCGCUCCGAUCUUCCACCUGAUGGAGAUCACGGUGCCUUUCGCUUUCCUCGUGCUCAGGCUGCUGGUGCGUGCAGGGUUAGCUCUGAUGCGGCUGUUUUUCUGUCCCGACGGGGCGGACCAGAGAUCUGUUGUUAUAGAGGACGAAGACGAGACAAGAGUGCCAUUUAACGCUUUAGUGACUUAGCUUUGAGAGGAGAGUGGAGAGAAAGUCAAGCUAGCACAGAGCAGGGAGCUGCAGCUAAAGGAAGAGACGGGCUCUCUUUUAACCUGGUUCAAACUCUGAGAAAGAAUCAAUGGGAUUAAAAGAGACGUGUCUUAUUUUGAAAGGGAAGGCAGGAAGUGGACCAGAGAAGUGAAGGACACCGACGGCCAAAAGUCCAUCCUUUCAUUUCAUGUUUUCACUCGAAUACUUUAAGAUGCUUCUUGUGAUUAGCGAAUAAUCAACAAUCGUCUUCUUUGUGUUCUGAUUUAUUUUACUUUCAUUUCUUAAAGUCACGCGUUUGAAAAAGUGGCUUUAAACGGUGGACGACUAAACGCCGAUCAAACUUUAAACCUUACUCUGACAGAUUCAGAAGAAGCGCUGACAGGUACAGGUGUGAUGACAAUCCGUCCUAUCCAGUCGUUUAUUCAUGUUUUGGACGGUGCCUAAACACGCUUCACCCCGAAGUCCAGUUUGUCUGACUAGUGUGAGUGCUCCAAUCUGUGCCCAAGCACGCUACACUUCCUUGGCCCCGGCUCGCUCUGAAGAGGUGUGCUUCUGCACGGGACAAAACAUAGAGGGGCAAUCGUGCUUAAGCACGGUACGGGACAACUGGGCGGAGUGUGGGUGCGCCCUAAAAGACCCAAAUCUCUGCAUAUAUCGUUCCUAAAACAUCCCAUUGUGUCCGAGCGAACGUGUCAAACUCUUUAAAGGAAUACUUCACCAUGAAACAUGAAUCUGUAUUGACAUUGGGUCAUAUAUGUAGAAAUGUGAAAUACAUUUUGAAGUUGGUGCCUUCUUGAUUGAGAAAAGGCAGAAAGUGUCUUUUUGGCUCAUGUUGAUGAAAGACACCAAAUCCCAGAAUGCACAGCACCGCAGGCCACUCCCACUAAGGUCCUCUAUUUACAGACAUUUACUUCAACACAUACGGCCGUUUCCUCAACUGAUUCUGAGAUUUCUUCCAGAAGGAAUUUGCAUCUUGUAAAUUCCUGUCAGUAAACAGACUCUAUGUCUGUGUCCAUAGACAAACAGUGAGAGCACCGACACUACCAGUCCACCCCAGCUCGAGCCGGCUCCUCGUCCUCACAGCCGCCGACAGGCAGGCCUUGUGUCUCGGCUGCUGAGCUGGCAGCGGCCGGCAAUAUAGCAAUAUAGCCGCAAGACGGUUGCUGCCGACAGGCUGGUUUUGUUUCUCGGCUGCUGUGGCCAGCGGUGGUCCCGGCGGCCAGCGGUGGUCGCGGCGGCCAGCUGUGGUCCCGGCGGCCAGCAGCAGCAGCAGCCAAGACACAAGACCGGCCUGUCGGCAGCAGCAGUCUCGCCGCUAUAUUUAUAUUUUUUUUACCAUUAUCAACUUUCUCCAUAGAGCCUGUUAGCGUAGCUUCCAAGCAAUAUGGCGGAGGUUAAGUUUCGAUUCUGGGAGUGAGUUCCCACCCACUGAUCUGUGAUUGGUCUGUAGCUUCAGUGGUCGAAAAUAUGAGGAACUAGCGUUGUAGUUUCACCCCGCUAACCGCAACAGCUUCCAGUGACGCAAAAAUCAUGAUUUUGCGUCACUGGAAGAGCUCCUUUACAGACUCAGAAAUACAAAGAUUUCUCAUCUCAGGGGAAAAUGAGGGCGGGAUGCACGACCAUUCAGAAACACUACCAGGUUUCUAAUGAUACAAAGAUUAAUGCA